GAAGGUUGUUCAUUAAUCCAACGCUUAAUUGCAUCCCAAAUUAGUUCCUCCGAUUCAAUAUCAAGCUCAUCAUCAUCCAAUAAACUUUCAAGAUGAUCUAAUUUUAAUGAAGCAAAAUUAGGCGAUGAAGGAAUUAACCAAGCAAAUUCCCGUUUAAUCAUUGACCAAGCAGCAGAUCGAAGUCGAUGAUUAUGUUUAACACCCAAAUAGAGGAGAGAGAUACAAUUUUCUCGAGUCAAAUGAUUAACCAAAUAAUUACAACAAGCGACAAUUAUCUCAUUCAUCUCAAAUUUCUCAGCAGUUUCCAGAAUUAACCAAACUCGACUAUAAGGUAUACUAAAGGCUCCUUUAUAAGCACAAUCAACUAGAACCGCUAACACGGAACCAGGAAUAUCGGACAAAUGAACCCGUUUAAUUGAACUACAUUGCGAACAAGAUUCACCAAUAUCAUUACCAGUUUCACCUUUACUGGUUGAAGGUUUUGGAUCAUCAUUAAUUGACUUAUUGUUUGGAUCAUUAAUUUGUUGGUAAAUCAAAUCACUUAAUUUACCACUAAGAGCGGACAUGACGGCAAAAUGGACUGGAAACUCUUUACCAUCAGAGGAAAUUAAUAUAAUGUCACAAAAAGAGUUGGUAGUCUUUAAUUUCUGCAGGACAAUUGACCGAUCAUAAUAUGAAUCCCAAUCAAAAUCGGGUUUACCUUUACUUAAUUCAACAAUAUCCGAUGGCAAUUUACCUUGAUCACCAAUACUAACACAAUCAACAUUAGUAUUAGGAACCAUAAUUAACCGUUAAUGGGAAUUGUUUCCGUUUCAAUCUCCUAAUAUAUUGAAUGAAACUAAAAAGAGAUAAAUUUGAAAUGAAUUAGCGAAACAAUUAAGCCAAAAUAAUACAAUCAAAUCGUAACCUUUUAGUUAUAUAACAAUCAGGGAUACGAUUGACAACCAAAUUGCCUAAUUGUUUAAAAUGAAGUUGUAAUUGUUGACAAUUAAUUUCCGUUUUAUUAUAUUAAUCAAUUACCUAAAUAUCCUAACAAAUAACAAAAAAGCAAUUUAAUGUUUCUUACAAAUUGAAACAAUUUAAAUUGUGGAAAAGACUAAUAAUUAUAACUACUACUUGUUCAUUAAUCAAGGUUAAAUUGUCUUCUCAAUUGGCAAACAUCAUAAAUGUUAAUUAUGAUGACGAAAGUUAUGACGAUGAUAAUUAAUAAGCUAAAUUAGUUUUCACUGAAAAAAAGUAAAUCAUGAAAAUUAAGAUGAAUCAAUUGAUAAAAUUACAGUUGAUUCAUUGAAUUGAUACAAUAAAAUGAUUAAUCCAACUACUACAAUUAAGAAAAACUGAUGAUGAUCGUAAAAGUAUUAGAUAACAAUUCAAGUAUAUAAUCAAUUUGCAAGAACAAUCAAACUGAAUCAAAUUGAUUUUCCACUAAUCCAACACCAAUCAAGAUCAACCAAGGGACAAUUAACUUUAUCAAGAAAGUGAGAGUUUUAAAUUACAUUGAAUUUGUAUCUCGUUAAUUGUUGAAGAAGAUGAGUGAUGGUGAUUAGAUUAACACAGCGAACAAUUAACAUGUUAAUCAAGUGAAAUUAGAAAAAUUUAACAGAAAGAAAGAAAAAUUUUCUUUUUUAUCAAUUGUUCUUUUCUACAAUUGUGACAUUUUCUAAUUUCUAUCAACAACCUUAUUCUGAUUCUGAUCCAGUUUCUGUUGGAGGUUUCAAGAGAAAAGGUUUUCUUGUUCUCUCUCAUUUUCUCUCCUCCUCUUCCUCUAUUUCGGUGACAAUAACAAUCAACAAUUCUCAUUACAAUUGUUACCAAAUUGCAUCUUUAAAUUGUUACCAUUUAAGCGAAAAGAUUCUCUUUACAAUUUAAUCCGCCAUCUUAAUUAUUACUAUUCUUUUUUAAAUUUAUUUUCUCAUUGGUAACAAAUUUCUCCAUCUAAACAAUCAACUGUUACAUCAUUUUCCGGCUUCAUCGUUCAACCGUCUUGACGACAUUUUGUUUUCCUCUUCCUCUUAUCACAAUUUAUCAUCUCGUUUACAUCUAAGUUUAAUUUUUAAUUAACCAAUUUCGCCAUUUUGCUUGGAGUAAAAGUCUAUUUUAAUUCUUCAUUUCUCUUGGAACACACAAGCUUUAUCAUCACAUUACUCAAGUUCUUACGGAUUAUCAGCUGUGAUUAGAAAUUUUGGCCCAGUAAAUUUUUGUUUCGAAUUCAAAACUGCCAAGGAAUCACUUCUCUUCAAUCUCAUCGAUAUAAUCAACAACAAUCUACACUUUUCUCUUCAUAUUCUGCACAUCAAUUUAUCCAUCCUUCAAACUCCCCGUUAUCCGUUAAUCAAAUCAAUUUGUCCUUUCAGCGAAGUACAAUUGCAUUAAGAAAAAUGUCAAAUCAAUCAGAAUCUAAUUCUCACAUUCUUACCCUUGAGACGAUUAAUCAAAGAGUUAAAGAAAUGGAGUAUGCAGUUCGUGGACCUUUGGUGAUACGUGCUGGUGUCAUUGAGAAGGAAUUAAAAAAUGGACAAACCGAUAAACCAUUUUCAGAAGUAAUUCGAGCAAAUAUCGGCGAUUGUCAUGCAACUGGACAAAAUCCUUUAACUUACCUUCGCCAGGUAAUCGCUUGUUGUACUGAUACAAGUCUCCUUGAUAAUCCUAAAUAUCCAAGUGACGUUAAAGAAAAAGCUAAAUCAUUGUUAUCUUACUGUGGUGGUCAUUCGGUUGGUUCUUAUUCAGAUUCGGCUGGUGUUGAAUUGAUUCGUCGACACUGUGCUGAUUAUAUUUCGGAACGUGAUGGUAUCCCUAGUGAUUGGCAGGAUAUCGUUUUAACAACCGGUGCUUCUGAAGCAGUUAGAGCUGUUCUAACUUUAAUUAAUUCCACUUCAACUGAUGAUAAACCUUCAGGUGUUUUAAUUCCCAUCCCUCAAUACCCACUUUACACAGCGACACUCGCUGAAUACGCAAUGCACCCAAUUAAAUAUUAUCUUGACGAAGCUAACGAAUGGCAAUUAAAUAUUACUGAACUCAAACGAGCCUUGGAUGCUGAUAGAUCAUCAUGUAAACCAAAAGCAAUCGUAAUUAUUAACCCUGGUAAUCCAACUGGAUCAGUUUUGUCCAAAGAAAAUAUCAAAGAGAUAAUUAAUUUUGCUAAACAGGAAAAAUUGAUGAUUAUUGCUGAUGAGGUUUAUCAACACAAUGUUUAUAAAGAAGGAGCUGCUUUCCAUUCAUUUAAAAAGGUGAUGAACGAGAUGGGAAUUAAACUCGAACUUGCCUCCCUUAUGUCCUCUUCCAAAGGUUACAUGGGUGAAUGUGGACUUCGAGGUGGUUACUGUGAAUUUAUUAACCUCAAACCCGAAGUGAAAGCACUUUUCCUUAAAAUGUUAUCCGCUCGUUUGUGUUCAUCGAUUCUCGGACAAAUCUCAAUGGAUUGUGUAGUUUCCCCACCUAAACCUGGUGAUCCAUCGUAUGAUUUAUUCAUAAGUGAAAAAACUGCAACCCUUGAAUCAUUAAAAGCUCGUGCUAAAUUAGCCGCUGAUACAUUUAACUCGAUUCCUGGUAUGAAAUCGAAUCCAGUUGCUGGUGCUAUGUACGCAUUUCCACAAAUUAUUUUGCCCGAAAAAGCGAUCAAAGAAGCUAAAGAAAAAGGAAUGGAACCCGAUUUCUUUUAUGCCAUGAACCUUUUAGAGACAACGGGAAUUUGUAUCGUUCCAGGAUCAGGUUUUGGUCAAAUUCCUGGUACUUAUCAUUUUCGAACAACAAUUUUGCCUCAGCUCAAUGAAUUGAAGAAAAUGAUGGAUCGACUCAAAGUUUUCCAUCUUCAGUUUGUUGAAAAGUACAAAUAAAAACUUUGUCAUUCGACUUGACUUUGGUUCUCUUCUUAUAUCUUAAGCUCUCUCAAAUCCUGGAAAAUUUUCGGCCUCACUCUCGCUCUCUUUCUCUCUUUCAAGGAAUAACUAAUAAUAAACAACUAAUAAUUACUUUGUGGUGAUAAAUUGUAUUUCUAUAAUUUUAAUGAUCGACAGACUAAAUCAAAGUUUCCUAAGAUUAAUCAUCUACUGGCAAUUUAAUUUGAUCCAUUUUUUUCCCGAUUGUUUUGGAUUCAAUUGCCUUUCAAAUUUCUGCUGUAAAAUUACUCAUUUGGUGUAAAUUAACUAUUCUAAUUUUUCCUCUUCUCUUUUUUCAUCCAUAAAGUGUGAUUAUUUAGAGAAAAGUAAAGUUAAUCAAAUCAAAUUUAGAUGAACAAUUUACAAUCUCAAUCAAGAAAACCAACAACCGCUUUAAAAGACAGAGGAAAAUUUGACAAAUCAACUUAAUCAAAUGACUGGAGAUAAAAAUGCUCUUCAAUUUAAUUCCUAACCUUUUGGUCAAUAUUAAGUGUCCACAAUUAAUUAAUUUUGGUGUUAAAACAUAAGAGGUAAUCAUUUUUAGCUUAAUUAGUUUAAAAAUCAAAUGAUUAUAAUUAUUUUGUUGAAUUUGUGUUAACGUAACAAAAAUCCUAAAAUCUAAUGUGUUUUUAUAUCUUUGUUAAAAUCAAUUCGUGCUAGUAAAUUGUUUCAAUUAUUAACUGAUUAAAGAUUCUAUUGAAAAUCAUACCAAA